UGACAGUUUGUGCUGACCGCGCGCCGCGAUUCGCACGUGAGUUUGUUUAGGUUCGCUUGUUUAGAACCGUUUUCCACUGUUUUCAAUAGUUUUAGCUGUGCAAUCAAUAGUUUUACGCUGCCACAAUGGAAAUGAAGGAAGAAAUCCUCAAACGGCUCGACAACUCCGAGCAAUCGUUCGAGACGAAUCUCGCCUACGGAAUCAAGCUGUGGAAAUCGAACAGCUUUUACUACAUGUCCAAGUACGAGGUGAUAUUCGAGUUUUUCGUGGACCGUGUGGCAGAAUACAGGAAGAAACUGAGCGGGGUUCCGGUGGAUGAAUUCGACGCCAAGUGGCAGAUAGUGAAUGAGUUUCUGACGCUGCCUUGCCCCUCGAAUGCUCUUCCGCCAAGGUUAAUUCCCAAAUUGAGAGAGGCUUUCGGGGAUGUGGAGGAUAGAAGCGAUAGCCGGAUGUUGCUGGAAAGCUAUCUGAUUGUUACAUUCGACGUGAAGUACAAGCACUUCUACAAGUUCGAUUACAUGGCCUAUGGGGAAACUCUUCUGCUGACUCUGGCUUACUAUGAGAAAUUCCUAAAUGGGAGCUUUGCGAUGGAGCAGGAGGAAGUUACAAUCAAGAGAAUCAUGGACGAUAUCAGGAUUUAUGUAAAAUCGGCCGGGGGAGACGAGAACUGGCAGAAUGCUUUCACACUGGCACUGACGAACGUGUGCAACGUAAUUCUGACCCUGAAGGCACACGGUUUGGAUCGUCAGGAAGAUUUGUUGAAUCUGUUGAAGGAGGUCUACUUCCUGGAGGGGCAAAGCGGGAAGUACAAUCGAGUUCUGGAUCAGUCUAAGAAGCACUUGCUAAUGGGCUAUUUUGAUCCAAAGCAAUUGCCAAUUCAUGUGGUGGCUUUGCUGAUUGAGGGGUAUCUGAAGGCCUAUCGGGACAUCAAGCUGGACGUUUUGCUGUUUCUGAAGUACAUUCUUUUGCACAUCUUCGUCGAUCCGGAGAAAUCGGUCCUUUCGGAUAUGCAUCAAGUUUUUCAGCUGAUAAAGUACGUUUUCCAUCUGCUGAAGAAGUAUUUCAUUAAGAUCGAUCAGAAGUUGGUGCAGGACUUUGAUUUCAAUGGAAUUUUUACGAUCAAGUUGAAAGAGUUCUUGGAAAAGUACGAUUCCUCAGAGGAGCAUUUGAGGGAUAUUUUCUCGCUUAUCUGCACGAUAAAUGAUUACAAUCCGUUGAUUCUGGAGACAAGUAUCAUCGACAUCAUUUUGAGGACCAUGUUCAUCAAAAAGGGACCGGAAACACUGGAGAAGUUCCAGGCGAUGUUGGUUUCGACGAUCGGUUUGUACGUAAGAUUGAAUCGGAGUGAGAAUUUCCUAUCGGAACUCUUCAUGAAACUGGGGGAUUAUCUCGACGAUCACGACUUGGGCGAUCGGUUGAAGGAGCUGAGAAAAGGAUCAAGGAAACGGAAAUCGAUGGCAUCGGUGAAUGAAUCGCCAGCCAAGCAGAGGAAAACAGAAAAUGGACAGGAGGAUAGCUUGGCGGAUCGAUCAAACGAUGAGUUCUAUUUAAAGCUGCUCUAUCCGACUGAUACGAAUAUUGCCACCCAGAAGGUUUUCCGCUUGCAGCUGCAAGACCAGUGGAAAUCGAUCGCAUUUGCUUGGCCAGAUCACAACGGCCGCCUCAAUCAAGCCAUGAUGGAUUAUGUUAAGGGGCUGCUCACGAAGCGUAGCUUCAACUAUUGGUACAAGAUGCGAUCCUACAUUCAGGAUAUACUCGAAACUCUAAGCGAAGAACAGCAUAGCGAGACCGAAUUGUUCAAACUGGAGUUCGCCACCUGUUGGAUGUGCUACUUUUUCGCUGGGAAUACUCUGGUUGAGCAAACGAAUCUGUUCUGGGAAAAAGCUGGGGAAGUUUUGCGGGGCAUUCGAUGAUCUUCUGGGAAAAUUCGGACGAAUGCUUUUGGAUGAAACUGUUACAGAUGGAAGGAUGUUCGAUUCUUUCCUAAAACUGGUCUAUUUCUACGGAAAUUAUCGACUAGUCGUGCACUACUAUCGACCAGAUUCGAUCGAUGAAAGCAACCACGAUCAAAUCCAUCAGUUCCUCAGCGACGAAGAGUGGAAGACACUUGAAGAUCGUCUCCCAUCAUCUGCCCUCACUCUAAUGAACCGAAUCCAUUUGCAGAAGAUUCGAGUCCUGCAGUUGGAUGACGGAUCCCCACAAGAAUUCGAAGGACAAUCCGACCUUGUACAGAAAAUCCUCGCCCCAGAAAGCUUCGACCAGCUUCGCUGGGUCCUGUUGGAUCGAUCAACGAACUGCUGGUUCAUCCAGCUGCUCUCGC